CCGCGCUUUCCGUCGGUCGGUCCUUCCUUCCUGCUUCGUCUCCACGCCUCGAGCUAUGGGGCAGAGCCCCCGAUACGUUAGCACCACCUGAGGACCCGGAAACCGCCUCCACGAUGGAAGAGGACCAGGAACUGGAGAGUGUAGGGAGGAGAUGAAUUCUAGGGAGGCUGGAGUAGAGGCAGAGAGAGACACUGUAAAGAGUUGAAGUGACCUACCUGGAAGGAUGGAAGCUAAUGAUGGAGAAGAGAAGGAAAGCCAUAGAAGAACUGCUUAAGGAGGCAAAACGUGGAAAAACUAGAGCCGAAACAAUGGGACCCAUGGGUUGGAUGAAGUGUCCUCUUGCUGGUACCAAUAAAAGAUUUCUAAUUAACACAAUUAAAAACACAUUGCCCUCUCAUAAAGAGCAAGACCAUGAACAAAAAGAGGACGAUAAGGAACCAGCGAAGAGCCAGGCCCAGAAAGAAGAAAACCCGAAGAAACACAGAAGCCAUCCUUACAAGCACAGCUUCCGUUCCCGAGGUUCCGUCAGUUACUCCCCACCACGGAAGCGGAGCAGCCAGGACAAGUACGCAAGGCGGCCCAGCCGGCGGUGAGGCCAGAGCCAGGGCCAGCCAGCCCUGCGGGCUCCGUGCUCCUUCGGGUGCGGUGUGCAGAGAAAGCGUUAGCUGGCAGGGCAAACAUCUGAGAGCGACUUUUACAGUAGAUCCUUUGUUGUUCUUAAAGAGGCUGCUGGCCACCGGCAAAAAAUGACCUAGCAACUCUUCCAGGAAACAAGGACAAAGGAGGAUGUCUUGGCAAGCUUCAGCUACUUCUGCAGUGUAGUAGACAUGUAUUAUUGUUAGUCUAUCUUGUUUGGAAGUGUGUUUCAAAAUAUGUGUAGAAUUUAAAGUUUUCAGAGAUUCUUAAAACUAGUUCCAAUUUUUUGGUCAUUUCUCAAAAAAAAAAAAACCACUUAUAAAUCGUAUAUGUUACUUUUUGGGGUUAUCAAAUUUAAAAUUUAGAAAUCAUCAGUCCAGGGACCAUAUUUUUGAAAAGCUGUAGCCCUCCAAGGUCUGGGAAUUUAUCAAGAAACUCUUUGAUAGCUCUGCAUUUGUUUCUCUUUAGGUGAACAAUGUAGGACAUCCUCAAAGUGGCUUUGAAUUUCAUGCUCCACUUCAGUUACCAGAGGUUAAAAAAUGGGUUCUGUUGUUUUCUGUGCAUUCUCAAACUCAUUUAUUAGAACAAUUUUUCUAUAUUUAAUUUUUUUAAAACAUAGGUUUUAAGUGGUGCUUUAAAAAUAUCCCUCACAAGUUAAAAAAAUAGUUAUUUCAGUGCUAGAUCUUACCAGCUAAAGACUUACGAUACCACUAUAGUAUAGUUGUUCCAGAAAUCUUCAUUUUAAAUAGAAGUGUUUACAGCAUCUUCUCCCCCACCCCCCAGUAUUGGUUUUCAGUACCUUCUUUAACAUAUAAUUACAAACCUUUCAAACCUGUAUUCCUUCUUUACACUCAGGAAAUUGUCUCCAAGCACCCUCCUCCCCAGUCCACAAAAGGAAGAAGAUGAAGAUUCUGUCUCCCUGUUCCCCCUCCCCAGUUUUCCAAAGUGUCUGAGCAUAUGCCUGGCUGUCCCUAGAUCAUCACCAUGCCACAUCCCUGCUCCCCACUUCCUGGCAGCCAAGGAAAGCCCUUUCUACAUACUAGAAAGAAAUACAUCUGAAAAGUUAGCUUUGGGGUGUUAGAAACUAGAAUAGACUUCUCCGCCACCGAGCUGCUAUGCCACACCCUCAGCCUGCUCGGGAGUGACAAACCCAAAGCAUUUUAAUCCACCCCUUCUCCCACCCCAGAUCCCAGAGACUCAUUCUGUGACUUUGUAACCACAGUCAUUCCUUUCAAACACAGAGGAGGAAUCAUUGCUUCAUCUGACUUUAUUCAAAUAUAGUAAUGCAUUAGCCAAAAUUAUUUGUGCAAAAUUUGAAAUGUUUUGUAUUUAAAUAUUAGAAAUAGCACAAAGUCAUGGAGUUUUUAAAAAUUGUUAUAAUUAAGUAAAAAUAAAGCUGAAUUGUGUCA